AGCGACCCCUUCCGACAGCCACGCGUUUAUUCGACUACAGCGCCACCACCAGAACUAAAACAAAUUUAAAAAUUGCCAACAAUACAACACAUUUUUAAACUCUACGCGUGAUAAUAGUAUUUGAAUGAACUAAAUAACAAUAUAAAAUACAAAAACAUUAAAAUACGUAUGUGCGUUCUUAGUUUAUGCGCAAAACAAAUGUCAACUAGGCAACCCACUAUACACCAUUUCAAAAUGGAACAAUCAGUCAAAAAAUUAAAACAUCACUGUUAAAUUUCAUCGUAAUGUCUGCAAUAACUCAAUAUCAAUACGCGCGAUUUCAGUUUCCGACUCUUUUUAAGUUCGGCGUUGGUUCUGCUGCUUAUCAAAUCGAAGGAGGCAGCAAUGACGACGGCAAAACUGACUCAACCUGGGACUACCAAUCGCGUACAUUCCCCCAGAAAUUCAAAAAUGGCGACAAUGCAGAUGAAGCCUGCAAUGCCUACAAUAAAAUAACCGAAGACGUCCGUAAUUUACACGCUCUAAGCGUAGAUUUCUACAGAUUUUCAUUAUCAUGGUGUCGCAUCCUCCCAACAGGCAUACCAUGUCAUAUAAAUCCCGCAGGAGUAAAUUAUUACAAGAAAUUAAUCAACGAAUUGAAUAAAAACGACAUCAGCGCCGUUGUUACACUAUUCCAUUGGGAUUUACCACAAAGUUUAGAAGCAUUAGGAGGCUGGACUAAUGCUAAAACGAUUGAUUAUUUCGUGGAGUAUGCAAGGAUUUGCUUCCGCGAGUUUGGAAACAGUGUUAAAAUCUGGAUAACAAUAGAUUCACCCAAUCAUAUCGCGCAGUUUGGUUAUGGCGACUGCAGGCAUGCGCCGUUCAUGGAUUCGGACGGAAUUGGCAGUUACAUGGCGGCGCAUAACAUGUUAAUCGCACAUGCGAAAGUUUAUCGCAUGUAUUAUGAUGAAUUCAGCAUGCAGCAAGGUUCUGUAGGCAUCGCAAUUGAUUGUCCAUGGUAUGAACCAUAUUCCACGUCACAAGAAGAUGCGGAUGCAGCUGGGAGAAUGUUAGAAAUGUAUGUUGGAUGGAUAGCACAUCCAAUUUUCACCGAAUCAGGAGAUUAUCCAUUGGUAAUGCGUGAGCGUAUUGAUAAAAACAGCACCGCACAAGGUUUCUACACGAGUAGAUUACCUAAAUUCACAAUAGAAGAAGUGAAUUUACUACGUGGAGCUACAGAUUUCUUCGGUUUAAAUCAUUUUGGUGCAUUUUAUGUUACGCAUGCAAAUAUCGGCUUAAUACCGAGUAAUGACAAUGACACAGGCGCGCAUUACUUCGUGGAUCAACAAUGGCGACAAUCUGCGCGUCCCAUGCAGAGCGUAUUACCCUGGGGCAUGUUUAAUAUCCUCCGCUGGGUGAACGAACAAUAUGGCCGCCCGCUGAUCUUCAUCACAGGUAAUGGCUAUGCGGGCCCGGCGAAUGAAGAUGAAUUCAACGACACUGAGCGUAUUGCAUACAUUAUCGAUUAUUUAAAAGAAGUCGCAAGGGCGAUUACACAAUGCAAUUGUGACAUUUCAGCGUUUACUUAUUAUCCGUUCAUGGAUUGUUUUGAAUGGACUGACGCAUACACAAUUCGUUCUGGAUUGUAUCACGUCAACUUUAAAGAUCCGAAUUUGACAAGAACAGCCAAACGUUCUGCGCAUGUGUACAAAUACGUCACCAAUACACAUCUGCUAGUUCCGAGAUUCACCGAUAUCAGCAUCAGCGCCGAUCGGAAACUCAUGGAGCAAACAGAGCCCACAACAAGCAAAGCAUACAAAAUUGACUAAAUUUUAACAAAAAACUUAUAAACAUACAAACAAUAUGGGCGAUUAUGAUUUAAUCGGUAACAUUUGAGAACAAAAAACAAAUAAUUACGUUUUUUAACGUAAAAAACUACAAAACUAAAUAGAGAUCUCCAAAAACAAA